GUUACACUGGUGGAGAAUGCGGGCAGAACAAUUUUUUUUUUUACGUUUUCAAGAUGGAGGAUGUACUAAAGGAGUUGGUGCGUAUUUCUACUGAGCAGCAGACUCUGCAACGGCAGAUGAUACAGGAGCAGCAGAAACAGAAUGCACUUCUCCACAUGGAGGUCCAAAAAUGCCUUACAGCAGCCUCUCCUGUCCAGAGGGAAGCAACCAUGCAGCCUAACCCAGGUCGAUUCAUCCCCAAAAUGACAGAGAGUGAUGAGAUAGAGGCCUACUUAACGGCCUUUGAGCGCACAGCUGAAAGAGAGGGCUGGCCAAGGGACUCCUGGGCUGAUCUGGUUGGACCGUUCCUCCUGGGCCCGGCACAGCAAGCUUACUUCGACCUCCCUCCGGACCAAGCAAAGGAUUACGUCGUCUUGAAGAAGGAAAUCCUGGCGAGGUAUGGCUACAGCUUAGCAGCAAGAGCCCAGCGGUUCCAUGAAUGGAAAUACAAGCCAGAGUUGUCAGCCAGGGCCCAGAUGUAUGACCUAGGCCGGGUAACCAGAGCCUGGCUGACAUGCAACCCCGAAAAGUUAAGUGUUUUAGAGAGGAUAAUGAUGGACAAAUAUAUUCGGUCUCUGCCCUAUGAGAUCAAGAAAAUGACAAGCCAGCAGAAUCCAGCCGGUCUGGAUGAGUUGGUUAACGUAGUGGAGAGCCACGUGGUCACAGCGGACCUGCUUAAGUCCACACGACCAGACACCGAGUGGGGCCGGAAAGUCAGUGGGGAAGCAUCACGGACUAGACGGGCACGAGAACCGCGAUGGGAACCAGAAGAGGUAAGGCGACGACAGUCCUACCUGCCAGAGGGCCAACCGCGUUGCUACCAGUGUGGGGAGACAGGCCAUAUUGCCCGGGACUGCCCAGGGAAGGAUGAGCUAAUGCCGACCGCCAACUCAUCUGGUGCAAGGCCCUGCCACCUUCUUGACUCUUGCUGGGUACAGGAAAGCUCCCUGGCUCAAAUGAUACCAGUCAAAGUAAAUGGAAAAGAUGCAGAGGCGCUAGUGGACUCAGGAAGUGUGGUAACCCUCAUUCAACCCCACCUCCUCGACCAUUUGCCAUCUGAAGAGACUGUGCCCGUCUCCUGUGUCCAUGGGGACACUAAAUUAUACCCCACUUGCCUCAUCCACCUUACCACAGUUAAAGGCAGCUGUGAGAUGAAAGUGGGGGUGGUUCCUUCCCUACCAGUCCCAGUCUUGGUGGGGCGAGACUGCCCACUAUACAAGCGCCUGCGGCACCAGAAGGAGGUGAGUCCCAAAAAGCACAAGCGUGCCAAAGGAAAACGAGAGAGAGGACAAACUGCCACCCAGGGUACUUCUCCUCAGCAGUUCCCCAACGUUGUGUGUGCUGUGCCGGAGGAGCAGAGAGGCAACCAAUCUUCCAGUGCAGACGAGGCAAAUGAUAACCCUUUUGUUGCUUUCCCUGGAGACCUAAGCACAGGUCAUGAGGAGGGGGAAGUCUCAUUGCUUCCAAGUUUGAAGGGCCAGUUCGGGACCGCCCAGAUGGAAGACCCCAAUCUGUUGCAUGCACGCAGCAAUGUUACGGAAAUAGAGGGAAAACCAGUUCCAGGAGUGGAGCCGGAGCCAAGCAUGGGAAUGCAGAUGCCCUGUCCCGUAGAGAUGCCCUGUGGACCAUGGUCACCUCUCCUAGGCCAGAACUGAAGGGGGGGGUGUGUAAGGGACUGAGAGGCAGAGUAGUGGGAGGCACCUACAUUCCCAAUAGGUGGCUCCACCCGCUGCCAAUUAGCAGUAUUGGGACCAGGUGUGGAGACCUCACACCUGGUGCUAAUCACUCCCUCAAGGGAGACAAAGCACACAGAGUUGCUCAGUUGUGUGUGGCACAUGGAGGGAGCAGGAGGCUCCCAGCGUGAGGAAACAUUUUUGUAAGCUGGUAAGUCGGUUAGCGGCCCGGCUACGUUAGCCUUUGUUUAGUUAAAGGUAUUUUUGAGUUUGUUAGCAAUAAAGCCUCUUUUUGGAUUUGAA